AUGCAGUGGGCUACCCUCCUCGCUGCGGCCACGGCCCUUGCAGGCCAUGCCACUGCGCAGAACAUGCUGCGAUUUGCUUGCUCACAGCUUGUCGUCGAGCGAACAGAUCCCCUCGUCAACCCGGGCGUCAAGUACACUCCGCAUCUUCAUCAGAUCGUCGGGGGUGACGCUUUCAACAUCACGAUGGACCCUUCAAACGAUAUCGCGCAGAUGUCUAAGUGCACUUCCUGCAGCUUCGUCCAGGAUAAGUCAAACUACUGGACCGCCGUCAUGUUCUUCAAGGCAAAGAACGGAACCUACAUUCGCGUGCCUCAGAUCGGAAACGGUGGACCACAAGGAAAGCUCAUCAAUGACGGCGGUCUCGACGUCUACUACAUCCCCAGCGGCAAGACCACUGCCUUCAAGAAGGGCUUCCGCAUGCUCGCAGGCUCAGCCACCAACACCGACCCCAGCAAGGUCAAACUCUCUAACAUCUGCCACCGCUGCUGGACUUCUCCCUCGGAGAGUACCUUCGUUGGCGGUGCGCCUUGCUCAGGCUCCGAUACUGUCGCCAUCCCCAAAGACCCCAAGUGCAAGCUCAUCCGUCAGACCAUUAUCUUCCCCACCUGCUGGGACGGCAAGAACCUCGACUCCCCAGAUCAUCAGGCACACGUCGCUUAUGGCCAGGGCGCUGGUGCUAAUGGUGGCGGCGCUUGCCCUUCUACCCAUCCCGUCAAGCUCCCUCAGAUCAUGUACGAGCUCAUGUGGGAUGUCAACAAGUUCGCCGACAAGAGCUUGUGGCCCACCGACGGCAGCGACCCAUUCGUGUACAGCAUGAACAUCGGUGGCUCUGCCGCGCAUGGUGACUACGUCUUCGGUUGGGAAGGCGACUCCCUCCAAAAGGCCAUGGACAACAACUGCAACCUCAACACCGCCUGCCCCAAGGCCGGCCUUACCGUUCAGCAGCCUGCGCAGUACAAUACUUGCAAGAAGAAGCAGCAAGCUCCCGAGGAUGUUGACGGCUGGCUCAAGGAGAUGCCGCUCGGUGACAUGGCCAUCAAGGCAUAG